UUCAGAUUUAAAAAAACGUUUCAUUCAUUUCAUUUUCUAAAUGAGGUCCGACUGUAUUCUUGCAGUCGUCUUCAAGUUUAUUUUUGUUACGUCUCCCCCUGGUGUCCUUAAGAGGUAAUGCAGCAACGCCGCCCAUUCCUUCUGAAGUUGACCUUUUGGUGACGUUACUACUUCCGCUUGUCAGAAAUUUGCCGGCGUCGUCGUGCGAACUUUUCAGGAACCAAAAAAUGAAGGGAAGCUACCGGUACACUGUUGUCAUGGCGACAGCUUUCGCCCUCGUCACCCUGCUGAGUUGCCAAAUAAAGGCGAGUUGGGACGAGGCAUUGACGCAUUUGAACGAGCUGGUGGAGGAUUAUACUCCAUCCGGGGGUCGUUGCCACCCCAUGUACGAAGGCAAAGACGACUUUGAGCGCUUCAAUGACUGCUUCCGGAAUGCUGCAGAGCGUCAUGCAUACCUCAACUUCUUUUCUUCUGAGCCUCAGUCUGCCAAGUACGGAAUCAACCAAUUUUCUUGGCUCUCACCCAAGGAAUUCCAAGAUUUGUAUCUGCGCGCUACCGCUGAGCACACGCCGCCGUUCCUCGGGACCAAAGCCAAGGAGCUGCCGGCCAAGUUCGACUGGAGGGACCGAGGAGUGGUGGGGCCAGUCCAGAACCAGGAAGCAUGCGGGAGCUGCUGGGCGUUUAGCGCGGUGGGAGCCGUGCAGGCGGCCGACGCCGUCGCGGGCUCGCGGCUGGAGGAGCUCAGCGUGCAGCAAGUGGUCGACUGCUGCUUUCAAAAUGGGGGCUGCGACGGGGGCUCUCCGACCAAAGCCCUCCUCUGGUUACAGACGACCAAAGUGAAACUGGUGCCACAGUUGGAGUACCCCUACACGGCCAAGAACGGGAUGUGUCACUUCUUUCCCAGGCCUCACGGGGGCGUCGGUGUGGGGAACUUCACUGUUCACAACUUCAGCGCUCAAGAAGAGGCGAUGAAGGCAGAGCUGCUGGAGCGGGGGCCGCUUUCCGUGGUGGUGGACGCGGUCAGCUGGCAGGACUACUUGGGAGGAAUUAUCCAGCACCACUGCUCCAGUCGCUGGCCCAACCACGCCGCGCUGCUCGUGGGCUACGAUACCACAGGGGAAAUUCCUUUCUGGAUAGUGCAGAACUCCUGGGGCAACGAGUGGGGCAACCAGGGUUACGUGUACGUCAAAAUGGGCGGCAACCUCUGCGGCAUCGCCGAUUCUGUGGCGGCCGUGUUGCUUUGACAUAAUGUAAAAUAAAUCAUGUGACAACGCCGUC